GGGCGCGCGCUCGCGGUCAUGUGACUGGGCUAAGAUGGCGUCCCCCGGUUCACGGUGGCUCCUGGCUGUGGCUCUUCUGCUCUGGUGCUGCGCCGCCUGGUCGCUGGGGGCUCUGAAUCCGCCUUCGCCGCCACCGCUGGUGAUCUGGCAUGGGAUGGGAGACAGCUGCUGCAACCCCUUAAGCAUGGGUGCCAUUAAGAAGCUGGUUGAAAAGGAACUUCCUGGGAUUUACGUCCUGUCUCUCGAGAUUGGGAAGAACAUGAUGGAGGAUGUGGAGAACAGUUUCUUCUUGAAUGUCAAUUCCCAAGUGAAGAUAGUGUGCCAGAUUCUGGAAAAGGAUCCGAAGUUGCAGCAGGGGUACAAUGCCAUGGGCUUCUCCCAGGGAGGCCAGUUUCUGAGGGCAGUGGCCCAGAGAUGCCCGUCGCCUCCCAUGAUCAACCUGAUCUCAGUUGGGGGACAACAUCAAGGUGUCUUUGGCUUCCCUCGAUGCCCAGGAGAGAGUUCGCACAUCUGUGACUUCAUCAGGAAAACGAUUAAUGCUGGUGCUUACUCCAAAGUUGUCCAAGAACGCCUGGUGCAAGCACAGUACUGGCAUGACCCCAUCAAGGAGGAUGUGUACCGCAACCACAGCAUCUUUCUGGCAGACAUAAAUCAAGAAAGGAGUGUCAACGAGUCCUACAAGAAGAACCUGAUGGCCCUCAAGAAGUUCGUGAUGGUGAAAUUCCUCAACGAUUCCAUGGUGGACCCGGUAGACUCUGAGUGGUUUGGAUUUUACAUAAGUGGCCAAGCUAAGGAAACCAUUCCUGUCCAGGAGAGCACUAUAUACAAAGAGGACCGCCUGGGACUAAAGCAAAUGGACAAAGCAGGAAAGCUGGUGUUUCUGGCUAAGGAGGGGGACCAUCUUCAACUGUCUAAAGAAUGGUUUCAUGCCCACAUCAUACCUUUUCUUAAGUGAAGCCCUUGUGCUUUGCAGCAGAGCUCAGGAAAGCCCAGCUCUCCAUGGCCGACCCUGAUCUCUAACCUAGCUUGCAAUCAGCCCUCCUCUCCUGUUAUCUAACAUGCCCUACUUGGAAAGAUCUAAGAUCUGAAUCUUAUCCUUUGCCGCCUCCUAGAACCAUAUGGUGUUGAAUUCAAAUUUAAUUAGCUAAUAACCAUGGCGAUUGUUUUACGACCUUGUGAUAUGGUCAGGCUUCCUCUUGAGAAGGGAGUCUGCUGUUGCAGAUCAAUCAUUGUGUCCAAAGGAGACAAGAAAAUGAAGCAGGGAGACAGGCUGAGGGCAUAAACCCACACAAAUCUGGAUCAAAUAAAAGCCUGAGGUGCUCGUGCAGCACUCUCGGCGCUGCUGCUGCUCGGACAGCAUUGCCUGCACGAUUCUGCAUCAUUUCCUAAGGCUGUCUUCCCAUCUAAGGGUUGCCUUCUAGUGGCUCCUAGCAGUCGCUCCACAGGCCUGCCUUCGUGUCUCCACAGAACUCACCUUGAACCCUCAGUGAUAAGAAUUAGUCACAAAACGAGGGAACGGCUAGCAGGGUGGCUUAAGAGAAGAAAUGCACUUUUUUUUGAGACAGAAUCUCACUCACUUUGUAGCCCUAGCUGGCCGAAUCCACCCCUUGCCAGUUUUCCCUUUUCUCAAAUCUACGCUUCAAUAACAAGAUACGGGGUAGGGGCAGGCAGUGGGAGGGUGUGACGCUCACUUUACAGGCUGUCUGAAAUAAAGAGUAGUUUCUUA